UAAUAAAAACAAAGAGAGUAUGUAUUAGUUAAGGUGAUUUAUGGAGAAUUGGAGACUAAUGGAGUAUAUGAAUAGUACAAAGUCAAAAUGAAGCAUUAAAACAACAGAGUGGGAGGAGUUUAACCCCAAAAAAAAAAAAGGAAAGGUAAGGGGAGAGGAGUGUAGAAUGGGUUGAGCAGUAGUAGACCACUUGGAGGCAGGAGGGGACAUAAUAAAACCCCAGAGAAAAUAUACAAGUACUGUACAUUACUCACGAGAUAGAGAAAAGAAAGGGUUAAUGUUAAUGUCCUUGAGAAAUUGAAAAGAGGGAGAAAACUAAAACCCAGAAGAAAGAAAGAAAGAAAGAAAGAAAGAGGAGAGAGAAAAUAGGAAAGAAAGAAAAGAGGCAACUUUAUUUAACUUUAUUAUGAUGCACGCAUCCAUGCCAGAACAACCAUACAGACUAGUUACUGCUACCCUCUUUCAUUUCUAGACUACAUUACAAAACCAACCCCCUAGGCUCACCAACAAGGAACCCCCACUCUUUUUUCUUUUUUUAUUUUAUUUUUUUAAUAAAUUUUAUCAUAUGAUAUUAUGAUUAUGAUAUGAAGAAGCAACCCCUCUCCUCUUUCUUCUGUACAAGUAGAAGAAGAAGAAAUUAGAAAUGCUGUUGUUGCUCAAGGGAUUAGAUAUGCCUGGUUUCUUCUUCUUGAACCACUUUCAUCCACUUGUUCUGCUUCCUCUUUUCUGAUACCACCCAUUUCACUAUGGUAAUAUGCGAGCUAUGCCCUACAAUUUGCAAGGCAAGGGUGUGGUUGAGGUUUCUGGUUUAAUUUCACAAAUCUCUUCUUCUGUUACUCCAACCUGGAAGACCCUGGACAAUUUACAGCACCACCAACAACUUUCUCAGGGAGACGAAGAAGACGACGACGACGAAUUCUUACAGAAUCCGAAUCCGGCGAAAAAGCAAAUCUCGGCAAGUUCGAUUGAGAGUGAACCCACAUCUACUCUGGAUACUACCAGGCGUAGCCCCAGUCCACCCACCUCCACAUCCACACUUUCAUCUUCCUUCACAAACAACUGCAAAAACAACAACUCCACUACUGCCGGUGUGGCGGACCCCGCUUGUGCCCGCAAAGAGGAUUGGCCCUCCCACCACCACCAACAACAAGGAUCUGACAAUGACAAUGUCACCGCUGCUUCUUCCGUCGGACUCGGAGUUGCCGCUUUAGAAGAUUGGGAUGCCUUGUUUCCAACCGGGGAAGGUGCUUUACUGCCUUGGAUCAUUGGAGAUGCUGAAGACCCUUCUUUGGGUUUGAAGCAUCUUUUGCAAUCUGGUACUCUCGUUGAUUAUGAGGGUAAUGCUGGUCUUGGUGUUGUUGAUCAAGGUCCUGGAUUCGACACUCCGCCGCCGCCGCCGUCCAGGCACCACCUGCUGCAACAGCAUCCUCAUCCUCUCCCCGCGCCUGCUUCUGAAGGUGUCACCUUUCUUGGGGGGUCUGAAUCAUUCGCUAAUGGUAAUGCCAAGAUUGGUUUGAUUUCUCCUAAUUCUUCAUCUGGGUAUCUAGAUACUAAAAAUGGGGGGAUAAAUCCUUCAAAUGCUAUGCUUCUCGGUUCAAUUAAUAACAAUAAUAAUAAUUAUCCGCAUCAAUUUGAGGUUGGUGAUGAAAAGCCCCAGAUAUUCAACCCACAAUUGGUGAUGAACCAACACCAGGCUCAGAGCCUAGGAAACCCUAGCUUCUUCAUGCCCCCAUUGGGUUACUGUCACCUAGACCAACAUUUAUUUCAACCUCCCAACAAACGUCAUAAUCCUGGCGUUGUUCUAGACCCGAAUCUUGCUGUCAAGAACCCGUUUCAUGAUCAGGGUCAUGACUUAAUGUUGCGGAAACAGCAGCAGGCGGGUGUGGGUUUCCAGCAGUUUCCCAUGGGUUUGCCUCCGCCAAUGAUGGUGCCUAAACAAAACCAUCAGCAGCAGCAGCAGCAACAGAACCAUUUCCCAUUGCCCGUCCUUCAUCAGCAGCAGCAAUUGCAAGAGCAGGCUAUAAAAGACCAGCUCUUCAAGGCGGCAGACCUGAUAUUAACUGGGAAUUUCUCACUCGCGCAAGAGAUAUUGGCGCGGCUCAAUCACCAGCUCUCCCUCCCGGCAAAGCCCCUAGUACGGGCUGCUUUGUAUGUGAAGGAAGCUCUACAAAUGCUCCUGACGGGCAACCCAGUUGCAGCUCCUUCGUCAAAGACCCUCACCCCUUAUGAUGUUGUUCAUAAGAUGAAUGCCUACAAGUUGUUUUCUGAGGUCUCCCCCAUUACUCAGUUUAUGAAUUUCACUUGCACACAAGCCAUUCUUGAGGCUCUUGAUGAUGCUGAUGCGAUUCAUAUUAUUGACUUUGAUAUUGGUUGCGGUGCUCAAUGGGCGUCAUUUAUUCAAGAGCUUCCCUUGAGGAAACGAGGUCCUCCAUCCCUCAAAAUCACUGCCUUAGCUCCAUCCUCAAGUCACCCCUUUGAACUUGCCUUAAUCCGUGAAAACCUUGUGCAAUUUGCCAAUGAUAUUGGUAUUGCUUUUGAGCUUCAAGUUGUCAAUUUGGAUUUGUUUGAUCUGUCUUCGUGCUCCUUGCCCAAUUUCAGAACCUCGGAGGAUGAAGCAAUUGCUGUUAGUAUACCCAUUUGGUCGUCAUCCAAUCGCCCAUCUAUCCUUCCACCCAUCCUCCAGUUCAUUAAGCAGCGUUCCCCCAAAAUUGUGGUCUCUUUGGACAGAGGGUUUGAUCGCUGUGAUGUUCCUUUCCCACAACAUCUUGUCCAUACUCUUGACUCGUGCACUAAUUUCUUAGAGUCACUUGAUGGUCUAAAUGUAGCCACAGACAUUGUAAACAAGGUUGAGAAGUUUUUUAUCCAGCCUAGGAUUGAAAACACUGUGUUGGGGCGUGUCCAUUUCCCUGAAAAGAUGCCCCACUGGAAGAACCUAUUCGCCUCAGCUGGUUUUUCACCUGUGCAGUUUAGCAAUUUCACCGAAACUCAGGCAGAUUAUGUGGUAAAGAGAACUCCAGGAAGGGGAUUUCAUGUAGAGAAGCGGCAGGCAUCUCUAGUGCUAAGUUGGCAGAGGCGGGAACUGGUGGCAGCUUCGGCAUGGAGGUGUUGAGAAGACUCAAUUUCAUCAAGCUAGGAGGUUUGCUUUCGCAUAUUGGUCACAUUGCAUUCCCGGAGGUUUUAAAUGUUUUAUGUGAUACAUGAUAUUGUCAAUAAUUAGAAGCUAUGGUGAUGAUGACACCUCUCUUUGUGGCUUAAAACUCUUUUCUAUCUCCUUGCUUGUGAGUAUCCUAGCCUUUGUGCCUUUCAAGCCGGCGUAUUAUUUUGCUAUGUACAACCAAACAAUUAACUUCAAAGUUUAGUAUUCGUAGCUUUCAUGUCCUUUGACAUUCUAAUUGUUAAGUAUCAUAUUUUUCUGUC